UAAAGAAUGACGUAAAAAUUAAAUCUUAACUUUAGGAAUAAAUGAUCCAAAGAAACACAAUCUUUCAAUGGAGCAAAUAUAUAACCCAGCGAAAACACUUUAGAUUUCCUACUGUUCUUAAUUUUUUUUGCUUUUUACAUACAAAUCCAAGAAUUCAAUCUAGAAUACGUAAUCAAUCUGUUUUACUCUAUACAGGCUCUGUUUUAUUUGGGAUUUUUGGUAUUUCCUAUGCAUCUGUACCUCUAUACAGGAUGAUCUGUCAGAAAAUGGGAUGGGCUGGUACACCCAUUGUUGAUGGUUCAAAAUUUACACCAGAUAAGAUGAUUCCUAUACAUGAUGCAGAAAGAAUAAGGAUUACAUUUAAUGCAGAUGUUUCAGAUUCUCUUGAAUGGGAGUUUGUACCAUUGCAAAAAGAAAUCUAUGUUUUACCUGGAGAAACAGCAUUAGCAUUUUAUACUGCACAUAAUAAAAGUGAUAAAGAUAUUAUUGGUAUCUCUACAUAUAGUGUUACACCUGCACAGGCAGCACCAUAUUUUUCAAAAAUUGCAUGUUUUUGCUAUGAGGAACAAAAACUGAAUGCGGGUGAAUCGGUUGAUAUGCCGGUUUUUUUUUUCAUUGAUCCAGAUUUUGUUAAAGAUCCAUUUGUGAGAAACAUCAGAACAAUAACAUUAUCAUACACUUUCUUUAAAGCAUCUCAUGUAAAAUUAAAUAAUUUGAUAAAAGCAUAAAUAAAUAUAAUGGAGAAAAUAGUAUAAUUUUAAAACUACU